CGCGCGGGCUCCCCAGAGGUGCCUGAGGUAUAAACGCCCGUCGGGCAGGCGGAGCCGCUGGGGCCAGUUGAGCGCUGCUGUCCCGCGUCCCACGUGUUGCUGUCCCAGGAAGAUGCCGCGGGGAUUCCUGGUGAAGCGGAGCAGGAGACCGGGGGGUUCCUACCGAGUGCGCCCCCCUGCAGGCGGGCCCCUUGUACCCAGCAGCCUGGGAGAAGAGCCCCGCGUCCCGGCGCAGUUGCCAGAGCCGCAGCACCAGCCGCUGCCUCAGCCAAACUCCCCAUUGGCGGCGGUCUGGGGAGCGGACUGCUCCGACGGUGCAGCCCCAGCAACCGGGGAAUCCCAGCGCUGCGUUCGCUCUCCUGUCUUGGCAGAGUCCUUCCCACUGGGGCCUACCCUCACGGUGGAGGAGAAGCUGCCGCUGCUCCCUCGCACGCCGCUACCCCUCCCGUUGCCUGUGCCACUCCCGCUGCCAGCCGCGCAGCUCUGUCCCGCAGCGGCGCUCAAGAGGCCGCCCCGUGCCAAAGCGCCGCCGACCAAGAAGCCGAAGGCCGUGCGCAAGCUGAGCUUCAACGACGAGGUGACCAAGUCGCCGGUGCUGGGGCUGCGGAUCAAGGCGGCGGCCGAAGCGGGCGCCGAGGGGCCCCGCGGGGCCCGCCCGACGCUGCUGGGCGAGUUCGUCUGCCAGCUGUGCAAGGAGCCCUACGCCGACCCGCUGGCUCUGGCCCAGCACCGCUGCUCGCGCAUCGUGCGCGUCGAGUACCGCUGCCCGGAGUGCCACAAGAUCUUCAGCUGCCCGGCCAACCUGGCCUCGCACCGCCGCUGGCACAAGCCGCGUCCGCCCGCUUCUGCCGGCCCCGCCCAGGACAAAGAGAACAGCAGCGGGGAGACCGGCCGCGAUCAGCACCACAGUACCGCGGACAGCUCCUGUUGCCGAGACCCGCCGCCUUCCCGCUCUGCCCAACUCCGCCCAGCCAGUGAAGUCGCGGCCGCCGCCGACGGCUCCAGCCUGGGGGGCGCCCCGCCAGGCGAGCUCUUCCUCUGCCCAUACUGCCACAAGACCUUCCGGCGCCAGGCGUACCUGCGCAAGCACCUGGGCACCCACCAGCCCCCGGGGCCCGCCGCCUACGCCGGCAGCCCCCAACCUCCCCACCCGCCUCAGCAGCAGCAGCAGCAGCAGCAGCAGCAGAUCACCUUCCCCUGCCACUUGUGUGGGGCGCACUUCCCCUCGGCGGACAUCAGGGACAAGCACCGGCUAUGGCACGCUGUGAGGGAUGAGCUGCUGUUGCCUCUGGGGCACCCCGAGGUCAGCGUGGCGCAAGGCGAGCAGCAGAUCUUCUCGUGCAAGCAUUGCCCCUCGACUUUCUUCAGCUCGCCUGGCCUCACCCGGCACAUCAACAAGUGCCAUCCCUCAGAGAACAGGCAGGUCCUCCUCCUGCAAAUGCCCGUCCGGCCAGGCUGCUAGGAUCGCCGGCCGAUGCUUGACCUGCUUCCCGCCGGACUGAACGAUGACAAGCCUAGAGCAGCAAUGGGUAUUUGCUUGCCAAGUGUCCUCCGGACUGACCCAUUCUCCCGUUCCUUGGAACUGAUUUAUGAGAUAGUAUUCCUCUAAGCCUUUCUUUCUCCCAGCACCCGCUGGGGGUGACCUGGACGAAACCCUAUGCGGACUGUAAUUCCUAUGGAAAGUCUCAGUGCAUGGCCAAACGAAAUCAUCAGACUUUUUACAUACGUCAUGCCAAGCGUUUUAACUUCGGAGCACGAAUUCUCCUUCCUGCCUUAUAAACGGGUUAGAGUGCGCUGUAUAUUCUGUGAAUCCAAACUGUUCCCAAACACUAAAAUCUUAACUUUUCAGCAAAGUAAAGGGAAAGCAGACUAACCAUAUAUUUUAGAAAGAGAGCACCUUUUCCUUCUUGACUGAAAAGAUGUGGCAUUGAGUUGAACAGAAAACAAACUAAACAGUUUCGGUAUGCGCAAAAUACUAUAGUCCGCCCUAAUGUGUGCUUUCUGGGGAGAGACGGUGAGCGACUUCUUUCAUUCGGAUCCUGUCAACAGGAUAGAAGUACAUUCCGACAGUGUAUUUAACGAAGGUUCAUUAAUUCUCCAAGGGAAGGAGAGCUAAUUUUCAAUUGCCUACCUAGCCUCUGAAGUUUUAAAGCAUUUAAUUUGCUGUAAAAUGUUAUAUUGGUUGUAGCUUGUAUUAAAACAUCGUCGGAUAUUCGUAGAAAGUCAAGGUCCCGUCCUAUAUAUAAUAUACAUACAUAAAAUACUUACCAAGUAGUCCUUCCGUCUGCUCUUAUCAUUACUGGCGAUUACAUUCUGGAUUGGUGAUAUUUUGUAGUUA